AUGGAAUCCCAACAGGCUUUUCCUCUGGCAGAGGCCACUAGAACAUGCAUGUCUUUGUUCAACGCCUUAAAGUCCAACUCAGACACUGCCAUCGACAAGUUCAAAACGCAGCUACCUUCGCAAGUUGUGAGAGACCAGCAAGAUCGUUUCAAACUAUGGGCAACCAACCUCGGAGCCCUUCAACGAGGCAGAGCGUCGUUAGAUUUUCGUUUGAUGGAUUCCAGUCUCAUGCACAGCACCGUAUACAAGCUGCUGAAGGAGCUGGACAACACUAUUAAGAGAAGCGAACAAGUGGUGACUGGAUCAAGACCACCCUUGGAAGAAACGCUCAUAAACGAUAUGGAUGACAGUUCAGGCUACUCCAGUGAAAGCGGCAGCUCAGACGAUGGCGAGAAUUUUCCAGGAUUCUCCGGAAAACAGACAGAGCUAGGACAGAACACAGCCGAGAUAAACCACAUUCUAUCUUCCCUCGUCAAAUUAUCCUUCAGGAUCAGGGGGCCUGCAAACAGAACUGCGCAUCUGGACCAUAAGGCUCUGAACCACAAGGAGCUCGUUCCUGUCGAUGGAACCACGAUGGGCGACUUACUCGAAGCUUACUCGACUCUUGAUCGACAACAUGUCGAAGAAACUCUUCGGCAGCUUCGGAAGGAUCAAGCUGCAGUGGAAAUUUACGAUGACCUCCAUGUCCCAGAGGCUGUUGACUCGGCUGCGUCUGAAAAGAGUCACGGUAAUCAUGAGAGUUACCUCGUUGAUCGCUGGAGCACGUCAAUCACAAGCAGGCGGCGAGUCUUUGCAUACUGGCGGAGACAUGCCAAGAAGUUGGCAAAGGAUGAACGGCCAUCUCAGCCAAGAGAAGCUUCAGCUCGACCAAGUGAACUUCCUGCAGCCGUGCCGCUGGGAGUCGUGCGGUCUUCUGAAGGCCUCAACACAAAUCCCCGGCCCGUCGAGUCCCACGUAGCGAGUUCCACUGGGCGUACAUUACUCUCUGGAACAGAUGCGACAAAGUAUCACCAUGACGGAGACAAUACCGACACCGUGUCAACCAUAUCCUACGUCUCAACAGCUUUUGGGGACGAUGGAACCUCUGAGCUCCCUGCUCCGCCUCUCAUCAAGCCUGAGCAGUUGGAAUUCGUGUGCCCGUAUUGCCACGUCUUGUGCGCCGCUCGAGAAGGAAGAGGAAGGCGUUGGAGGGAACACAUUCUACGAGAUCUUCAACCGUACAUGUGUACAUACACCGAUUGCACAGAGUCAAGUGCGAUGCACAGCAGCAAGUCUGCCUGGCUGGAACACGAAUCCCGUGUUCACCGUAGGGUGUGGCGCUGUUUCGAGCAUAAAGAUCUAUUUAGAUCGAAAGGCGCCUUGAUCGGGCAUCUCGAAGCAUCCCAUGCUACAUUAAGCCAGGCUCAGAUACAGGGUAUGGCUAGCUUUGCACAUGCUAGCACAACGGAUGUGCGCGACACUUGCCCCUUUUGUCUCUCUAACGGCCCGUUUGAGACCUCUCUCACUGACCAUAUGGCCCUUCAUAUGGAACGACUCGCUUCUUUCUCCAUUCCACGACACGCACUAGAAGAGGAUGAGCCGACGCAUGGGAGCAAUUCUGGAGCUGCUCAGGGCAAUCGGUCUGAAUCUUCUCUCCUGGAUGUCAGUCUCAAGUUCUCAGACAACGGUUCUAAGGCCUCGUCUUCUCCCGAUGCUGCGUCCCUCGAGCGGGGCGAUGCCUUCAAAGACAACGUUGAAGACAAACAGGAAAGCGAGAAUAACCUUCCAGAGCCGAAGAACACCGCCGAUGAUGAGUCUGUCUUUAAUAAAUACUUGCAGCAACGACACCCGGGUACCUGGCAAUGGUUCUUGAACUCAACCGGCCACCAGACGUGGUUAUCCCGUGUUGGGGAGAAACGUCUAGUUCUAGGUGUGCCUGGGGUCGGAAAAUCUGUUCUAGCUGCGGUGGUGCUCGAAGACAUUCGCCAAAGAUUCAGGAACGAGAAGACAGUCGGGGUUGUAGGCUUGUUUUGUGAGACUUACGACCACCGAAAGAACAUGAUGGGAGCGCUAUUCCGAAGCUUCAUGACCCAGCUCAGCGAUACCCAGGUAUCGCAUUUUCUAAGUUACGAAGAGGAACAAGUUCUAUCAGUUUAUCAAACACGACAGUAUUUCGAUUUGGCUUUGUCCACUGACGAUCUAUCGAGGGUCUUUUUUGUCGUUGACGGAUUCGAUAUGCGAGCAAGACACUUGGAGCUACUCCGAUUAUUACACGGCAUCGCGAGGGACCACUCCAAAGUCAGCGUGCUUCUCACUUCCAGGAUUGACCCGACGAUCGUCGACGCACUACCGGACUUCCGAAUCCAGGAGCUGCGAGCCACAGACGCUGACAUAUCAGCGUAUACACGCGAUGCUUUCAAUGUGGCAACAGAAAGCAAGAGCGGUCCAGGACGACUAGAAGAAUUCGAAGAGAAAAUAGUGACUUUUGCAGAAGGAGUGUUCCUGUUUGCUAAAGCCUACAUUGAUGCCUUGAAGGAUAGCCCAGAUGUGGAAUACUUCGUCAAUCCUGUUCUGUUGCAAAUUCUGUUACAAACUCCCAGAAUCAUUGACUUUUACGAAAAGACAAUGUUGCGCGUCCGGGAAUCGAACAUGGCUAGUAAACUACUUGCCUGGAUGGCACAUUCUGACUACGUUCUGGAAAAGCCACAAAUCCAGGAUUUGACUGCUUUCAUUCUACACGAUGGCACUUCAGAUAAAGAGGCAUCCAUGGACGCAAAUUCAGUACUCUCUCAUUGUGCUGGGCUUGUCAUGGAGACCUCGGGGGGUAGUCUGGUGUUUUUCCAUCCUACGACAGAAGCGUAUCUCCUUCAAACAAGGGAUAAGUGGUGUCCAAACGCAGAGGAAGACCAAACGAAAGUUUGCUGUAAGUAUCUCUCCAUGGAUGCCUUUGCGGCAGGCCCUUGCCUGUCAGAUGAUGAGUGGGAAGAACGUCUCGUUCAGCAUCCUUUCUACAUUCACGCGGCACUAGCAUGGGGUCUCUAUGCCCGCAAAGCUCUAGACAAACAUAAAGGCGCAAGAGAUACAGCAGCGAUAGACAGCGUACGCGAGGCCAUCAUGAAUUUUCUUGGAAGAGAUAUGAUGGUCCAGGCAGCUGUUCAAGCCCUGAAAGUGGACGAUGCUGGGUUACACUCUCCAGGAUGGAGUCAGUUGUAUCCAAAACAGUGGACAAAUAUUCACCUUGCGGCCUACUUUGGGCUGACGGAGAUUGUGGAAACGAUGCUUCCCGAAAAUGGCGUCGUUUGGGAUACCACCAUAGAUGGCGUCUAUUCCCCGAUCAUAGUCGCUGCGGAACGAGGACAUCAUUCCACGUUAAGUUUUAUGCUGGGAAAGCUGAUUGAUCGAAGCGGGAGGUCGCUGACUGGUUUGUACGGAAUGGUUAGCCAUUUGGCCCUCGCGGGAGCCGCUCAGAACGGACAUGAACCUAACGUUCGUUUGCUGCUUACCUACGGCGCUGAUCCCAAUGGUACCGUCGGAUCAAUCACGCCACUCUGCUACGCCGUCGAAGAUGGUCAUUUCAACGUCGUGGAGACGCUGCUAGAGUAUGGUGCAGACCCGAAUCUAAGAACCGAAGUGGAGGCCCCGUUGGAUUUGGCCAUCAAGAAUGAUCAACAAGACAUCGUCACCUUGCUCAUCAAACAUGGAGCGUCCCUCGACAAGACGGGCUCAGCCCCGUCGGGCUUGACCACCCCUCAGCACAUCAACCCUGAAAUCGUACCGUUCAUGCUGAAAGACGGCGUUGGGGUAAACUACAGGAAUGAUGACGGCUUCACGGCACUUCAUAUCUCUGCAAUAAGCGGUCAUAUCGAUACCGUGAGGACCCUGCUUAACCACGGAGCAGAUGUAAGCAUUAUGGACAAUUCUGGCGCUACGCCCUUGGACUAUGCCAUCGAUGGAGGGCAUGAAGAAGUGGUAAACUUGAUCUUGGAAAAUGGUAGCGAAUCUUGGGGUUUGGUCGGCAGCAUCGCAGAUCAUGUAACGGCCACCACAAAAUGCGUGGAAACUUUCAAUCUUCUUGUGCGCAGUCUGGAAACCCCCAGCCAAAAAUCAGACGGGAAACUGUCCAUCUCGGUAGUCAAGAACCAGCGAGACAGACUCAGGGUAUGGGCAACUAAUAUCGGAGUGCUUCGACAUGGAAAGGCGUCUUUAGACGUUCGGAUGACGGGUUCUUCGCUCACAAAGACCACCAUUCUCGAUUUAUUAACCGAAUUGGAUGCAACACUAUUGAAAAGCAUCGAAGUGGUUCAGGGUGACAGGCUCCCUCUCGAGCAAACAUUCGAAAGCGACUCCGAGGAUGGCUCUGAGAACUCUAGCGAGAGUAACAGCUCCAGCGAUGGCAGUUACUUUGGCAGAUACGACAUGAGGACCGAGCUGGGACAGAACACUGCUGACGUUGACCAGACUCUGGCAUCCCUUGGCAAGAUAUCAUUGCGAAUCGGGGGCCCUGCUUUUCAAACUACACCAGUAAACAAAAAGGCCCAAGAACAUAAGGAAGAAGUUCAGGUGGACGAUCAGCUUGUUGAUCUAUUCGAGGCUUACUCGGACUUUGAUCAAGGCCAUGUCAAUGAAUUCAUUCGGCAACUCCAAAGGCCCACGACUGGCGAGGCAGACGAUCCUCCAUUGCCGCCGGGAACACAAGGUGGACUGCACGCAAGAAACCCCCAUUAUUACUUGGAACCACGCUGGGGAAUUUCAAUCACGACUCGCCGUCGAAUAUUCGCGUAUUGGAGACGGCAAGCUAGAACGCCGAGUGUGACGGAAGCAACUCCUCAGCCUACGCCAAUGAACGUUCACGAUUUGCCGUUUCCGACGAACAAGAAACGGAGGCUGAUGUCUUCUUCCAGCCAAGAAGAUGAAGCACCGAGUUCUUCGAAGCGCGCAUUGCUGCCAGAAACAGACCUCUCGCAAGACUACAUAGAAGCCGGUGAUGUGGGCGCUGUUUUGACAACUUCUUCUAUCGCAAUCAGGCUCGAUGACGACGACGGUUCCACCAGAUUUCCGUCCCCUCCUGCUUUGGAACCCGCGCAGACAAAAUUCGUCUGCCACUACUGCAACGAACUUUGCGCUUCCGAAUGCGCCACAGGCGGGCGCUGGAGAGCACAUCUCCUACAGGAUCUGCAGCCAUACAUGUGUACCUAUCCUGACUGCAAAGACGAAGAGGCCAGCAAAAUGUAUGCCACAAGAAGUGCCUGGCUUGAACAUGAGUUGCAGAGUCAUCGCAGAGUCUGGCACUGUUUCGAGCAUCAAGACAAGUUUAAAACAAGAGCUGCUUGA